AUGUGGUACCUCUGUGUAUUCUACCACAGGCUUCUGGACUACCGGCGGCCGGAGGUGCAGUCGCUCGCCGAGAUCUUUGGCGGCCCCGGCGCCGGGGACGCCGUCGAGUGGCGCAUGCCGGAGAAUCACCACGCUGACUCCCCCUUCCACUUAGUUCGCCUCCCCGGCGACGAGCGCCUCGCCGCGCAGAUCGCCAACCGCAGCUUGCUCGUGAAGGGGAUCUAUGAGCUGUGGGGGCAGGGCACCACCUACGAAGAGCUGGAGAAGGCUAUAAAGGAGUACCCCGAUGAGAGGAAGCUGCCAUACCUGACGCCUGAAAGUACCUUCAAGAUCAUCGUCGACAGCUUCGGCAAGGUGAUCAGCUUCCAAGAACAGAACGACAUCAUAAAGGGGCUCGCUUACAUUCCAUUCGAGGGCCGUGUUGAUUUGAAAAAGCCUGAGCACAAGUUCUUUGUCAUGGAGACUGAUGAUUAUGGGUCACAGAAUGGCCUUCCGCCGGUUGUUCAGAAGACGGUAUUCUUUGGCCGGGAGGUUGGAGCAGCAGAUAGGCAUCUAUUGCCGACAUAUCAGUUGAAGAGCAGGAAGUAUAUUGGUCCAACUGCAAUGGAUUGCGAAAUGGCGUUUCUCAUGGCUAAUCAAGGGCUUGCGCGGCCCGGGAAGCUCGUGUAUGACCCCUUUGUUGGGACCGGGAGUAUUUUGGUCGCUGCUGCACACUUUGGAGCCAUGACAAUGGGUGCAGAUAUUGAUAUAAGAGUUGUGCGGGAUGGUCGUGGCCCUGAUUGCAAUAUUUGGAGCAACUUUGAGCAGUACAAGUUGCCCGAGCCCUUGUGUGUGCUAAGAGCAGAUAACAACCUCCCACCUUGGCGGACAGGAUUAAAGGAGAUAUUUGAUGCAAUCAUUUGCGACCCACCAUAUGGAGUCCGGGCUGGUGGCCGUAAGUCCGGUGGUCGUAAGCUCCUAAAAGGCAUCAUCAGUCCAUACACCGUUCCAGAGGAGAAGAGGGGCACCCAUAUCCCAUCAACCGCACCAUACAGCCUUGUCGAAUGCGUCCAUGACCUCCUCCACCUUGCUGCGAGAAUGCUGGUCAUGGGUGGCAGGCUCGUAUUCUUUUACCCGGUGGUACGUGAAGACGACUUCACUGACGUAGCAAAGUUCCCCGAGCACCCCUGCUUCAAGCUGGUGGCUUCUUGCGAGCAGAUCCUUAGCCUGCGGUACAGCAGAGUCCUCCUGACAAUGGUGAAGAUUGGGCCCUACACGGAGGAGGUUGAGAAAAUGGCCGAGGAGCGGCACCGGGAGUUCAGGGAGAACCACCAGAAAUGGAUGGAGGAGGGCAACCUCCACUCCGCGGUGUUCAGCCCAGCGGAGCAGGACGGGAAGCCCAAAUUUGACAAGGACUCCAAGCCUAAGUACAGGGGCAAGUAUGUGUAGUGAUGAAGACACCAGCUUGUGUGGAACUAUUCUCUGGGAUUAACAAUUUUGUUGUAAUCUGUAUCCUUCAGUAAGGGCUCCUCUGUGUCUGUGCCAAUUUUACAUGCUAGCUAGCUAAUUAGUGCUAGGAGCUGUACGAUGUAUUAUUUCUAAGCUUGAUAGGAUGCCGGGCUAAUACAUUUGCCGGAUGAGGAUUUGUAGUUUCAACUUGUUCUACCUUCCUUUUUUUGGCCAAGUAUUGGUUUGAUGCUUUGUGA